AUGGCGCAAAAGGCUGUGUGGCGACCCCGGUUGGCCAAACGCGUGCUCCAGAUUCCUGGUAGCGGUAUCCGCGAGGUCAUGAGCAAAUCAAUGGCAUUGCGAGAUGCUGGAAAGGAUGUCAUCAAUUGGCACAUAGGCCGACCCGACUUUGAUACGCCUUCGCACAUCAAGGAAGCCUGUUCUGAAGCUCUUCGUAGAGGCCAUGUGCACUAUGCACCAGCGGCUGGCCUUCCGCAACUUCGGUGUGCUUUGGCAAAACGCGCAUCACAGGAGUAUGCAGGUGACGUAGAUCCAGAACGUGUGGUUGUUUGCAAUGGCGGGAUGGAAGCAGUGACAGUGAUCCUGCAUACAUUUCUGGAAGAGGGCGAUGAAGUAAUUGUGCCUACUCCCAACUGGCCGAACAUGAAGUGGGCGGUGGCAAUGGCAGGUGGAAAGCCAGUAGAGGUGCCACUUCAGCAAGGAGUGCUCACCGCUAAGGCCAUUGCUGGCGCGGUGACGCACAGGACAAAGUUUGCCGUGCUGUCAUCGCCUGGGAAUCCGCUGGGAACUGUCACCGGGUCCGAUGAGCUGAAGCGCAUCAGCAAGGUUCUGGAGGAGAAGGAUCUGAUGGCAAUUAGUGAUGAGACUUACACAAGGCUCUACUAUGGGGGGAGCUCUGGAUCCACCGCUCCCUCAAUUCUGGGCAUCAAAGGUAUGUCACAGCGCUGUUUCGCCGCAAGCACAUUCUCGAAGACGUACGCCAUGGACGGGUGGCGAUUAGGCUGGGCCCUCUGCCCAGAUGCUGAAGCUGCCGCCGCUGUCGCCAAGACAAGAUACUACUUCUCGGCAUGUUCCCCCACGUUCACUCAACAUGCAGGAGCGACUGCAUUGUCUUCUUCACAAGACUGCGUGGCGGAAAUGGUGGCCGAGUAUGAUCAGCGUCGGUCGGUCCUUGUAGAGGGACUCCGGACCAUCCCGGGACUUAAAUUGCCAGGCGGUAGCCCCGAAGGCGCUUACUACGUCUUCCCCGACGUGUCCUCUUUCGGGGACUCCGCGGAGCUCGCCUCUUUGCGAAUGGAAGUGAAGUUUCCCCAAUCUCGCUGCUCCCCGCUAGAUACCUACUGGAGGAGCACCACAUUGCCGUGGUUGAUGGAGGCGUCUUCGGCAAAGAAGGGCAAGGCCAUCUCCGAAUAG